AUGUCGCUAGCCAAAUAUGGAACAGCUCACGAAAAUUUGGAGGACGAAAAAAGUAAGGAUUUUUUUGUUUUGUUGAUUUUUAGAGGAGAUUGAUGGAUUCUGAUGGGAAUAGAAGUUGGAAAGUGGGAUGAAAAGGUGACUGGAGUAAGACUGGGAUUUGUCCUUGGUCUAGCCAGAAGAAAUCCUGCUUUUUUAAAAAAUUUAGCGGAGUUUCUUUUGUUUGGAUAGCUCAAGGAGAAUAUAAAUUUUAUCUUGAAAUUUACGGAUGAUUCCUUUGGGAAUGGCGUAAAAUAUAUAUACAUUGCUCUUUAAAAUACGCGAUUUCUAUUCUCGGUUCUUAUUAAUUGCCACUGAAGUAAACCUUUUGAUCCGUCAUGGAUAAUAUAAAAUGAUUCAUUUUUAGACACCGCUGUUUCUCGUCGUCCAACCGCAAUUCAAGAUGAGAUUGUGACUGAUGAGAAGGGUCGCCGGAGAUUUCACGGUGCCUUCACUGGUGGAUUCUCGGCCGGUUAUUUCAAUACGGUUGGCUCUAGACAUGGAUGGGUUCCUCAAACGUUCAGAUCAAGUCGAGAUGAGCGCCCUGAUGAGCCUAAGCGGUCUGUGGACGACUUUAUGGAUGAUGAGGUAGGUUUUUUACUGUUAUUGGUUUUGAAUUUUAGAGCUGCGAGAUCAUUUACGGUGGUGGUCAUGGAUAAUAUAAAUUUGGGCCGGAGGUGGCUUAAUUGAGGUUGCGGAUUCGUCUGUUGAUCUCUUUUAGGUUCAUGAAGGUCUUUUCUGUGUUUUCUUGUAAGAAUUGAUGAAAAAUUUUUGAUUUCAUCAGAAUUGCGACCUUAUUUUACAUCUGCUUACCUAAAAUAAGGUUGAUUUUUGUAAUUUAUACAAAAUUACUCAAAAGUUUUUGUAUUUUUUCGAUCCACUGACUGUUCUUGUUGCAGGACAGAGGUGAAUUCGGGUUUGCUCAUCAAAAAAUCCGGACCAAAUCCAAUUUUAUGGCCCAACUCAAUGAUCAGUCUAAAAAUGCGCCGUUAGCCUGGGAGCGCGCUGGCCCUUCAACUUCCGACAAUUUCAACGAUUUGGCUAUGACUUUGGCUUCAACUUUUCAAGGAGUAAAGUGAGUUCUAUCUUCUGAAAGAUUUUAUUUUUGGAUUAAAAUUUAUGUUAUCCAUGGUGAUUUUAGCGAUUCGAUUGGAGUGAAAAUCCUAAAAAAGAUGGGCUGGCGGCCUGGCAAAGGGAUUGGACCAAGAAUGAAACGGAGACAAUUGGAGAGACAAAAGGGUAAGAUGAUUUUUUUGAAGCUGGUGUCUAGUGUAAUAUAAUUUUUGUUGGAUUUUUGUCGGAAAAUGGUUUAAAAUAAAGUGGUUAGGGGUAAAAUACGUAUAAUCAUUUGAAUUUUUUGUUUUAGUGAACGAUGCGCGGCAGCUCGGCCGUUCGGCCGCGUUCAAUUCCGAUGAAGUGGAAGCCAUGGAAGAACUGGCGCCAGAAGCUGAAUAUGCCCCGGAUGAUAUCCCCAGACUAUUUUUACAGCCAAAUCAAGGCGAACAUGGCCUCGGAUAUCGACCGUUGGAGAAGUCGAACGUUCUGGAAGAAGACUUCUUGAUGAAAGUUGACGCUUAUAAAGAAAAGGCCAAGUCCAAGGGAAUUCGAGGCCAAGCCUUUGGCGUUGGCGCGUUUGAGGAGGAUGACGAUGAUGUGUAUGCAAAUGAAGACAUUUCCAAGUAUGAUUUUGCCAUUGGAGGAGAUGAAAGCGAGAUUAGAGAGGUCGAAAGGUGUAAGUGGAUUUUUGAGGAUUUUUUUGGUAAAUUUAGAGAAAAGUUGGCUAUAAUUGACAGGGGAAGUACUCCAAGUGCGACGGUCAGAUUUUCUUUAAAUUCUGCACACACGUCGCACUGCGGGUCGGGUCAAGUUUUUUUCAUGGGGUGGUCAAGUCUUUCCCCCUAAUUUUAUUUUUCCCCGAAAUUCAGACUGUUAUAUCGGAUGUUAAUCAAGGUAAAUCUGGUCAGUUCUUGUUGAUUAUUUCAAGAACAAGUCUUAUUCUAUUUUUAGAAAUCAAAUUUGAUUGAAUUACGGUGUGGGUUUGCCUCAAUUUUUAGCAUUCUUUGGGGGUAGGUAUUCUAUACCUAGAUGAUCAAUUGUGAGACAGUUUCAAGUCGGAUUUACAAUAUCGUCUCCAUUUCACCUUCGGACGUACGCCCUCUGUCUCAUAAAAGUAAGUAUUUGUUAUUCUGGUUGUACGUUUUUUAGUUAUUAGAGAUUUUGUUUAUUAUACUAGGUACUUUUGAAGAUUUUAGUUGACAUUUCCGAGUUUUCAGCCCGGAUAAGAUUAUUUUGGCGUAAUAUUGCUCUUUAGUGCCUAUAAAAACAUAAUUGGACAGGUUUCUCCUUCUCUUUUAGACUUUUUCUUCAUGACCAAACUUGAUGCAGAUUUUAGGUAGAGAUGAAAUUCAACGCCCAAACUAUGCGAAAUGUUCAUAAAAAUGAAGGAAAAUACUUGUGAAGACUUAUCAAAUAAAGAAAAAAUGUGUUUGAGACCAAUCCAGCGUUUUUUCAGGCGGAUGUUAUACAUGGUCCCUGUAAUGUAUGGUACCUGGAUCACAUCUGUGAAGACUUCUGGUCAUGGAAAACGCGAUUAGGACAGUAAAAUUAAUAUUUUGAACGUGAUUUUGAGGAAAAACCAGCCAAAUCCCGCACAAAAUUUUCUGAAUAACCUAGAAUAAUAUACAAAAUCUUUAAUAACUAAAAAACGUACAACCAGAAUAACAAAUACUUACUUUUAUGUGACAGAGGGCGUACGUCCAAAGGUGAAAUGGAGACGAUAUUGUAAAUCCGACUUGAAACUGUCUCACAAUUGAUCAUCUAGGUAUAGAAUACCUACCCCCAAAGAAUGCUAAAAAUUGAGGCAAACCCACACCGUAAUUCAAUCAAAUUUGAUUUCUAAAAAUAGAAUAAGACUUGUUCUUGAAAUAAUCAACAAGAACUGACCAGAUUUACCUUGAUUAACCUCCGAUAUAACAGUCUGAAUUUCGGGGAAAAAUAAAAUUAGGGGGAAAGACUUGACCACCCCAUGAAAAAAACUUGACCCGACCCGCAGUGCGUCGGGUAUGGACUAAAUAUCAAUUCCUGAAAGUUUUAGCUCGCGCUUUGCGGGCGCCGCCGAGAUAUUGAACGAUCGUUGCUCCCGAGAUAGCACGCUAAACGUGGAGAGCGGUAAGAGAGAAAAACGCUUUUUGGCCAUAACUUUGGCAUUCGUGCGGAAAAUUUUGAUUUUUUGUAGAAACAUUAUCCUUUACGAUAGAAAUAGGCAUGAAACUUUUCGUGCCGAAAUUCGGCAAAAAGUCCUAAAUUUUGGCCAACUUUCGAUCUAAAAAUCUCGGUUGUUUCUGCAAAGCGCGAGCUAGGAUUCUCGCAUAUAUCUAAGAAAAAAUUAUUCUAAAUUUGUGCCAAGUUUCAUCAAAAUCUGAACGUCGCACUUCGAGUACUUCCUCUGUGAAAUUGAAAAUUUUGAAGCGAAUUGAAAAAAUAAAAAAAAUUUUUGGGUACCCUAAAAUUUGAAAAUUAUAAAAGCUUUUUUUUGAUUUUUAACUACUACAGACUUUCCAAAUCAUCUAUAAUUUUCAGAUGAGACCGCAUUUGUCCCCGCCAAACAUUCGGAACGCCCGAAAUUUUAUCGCGCCCCCGAGCCCAGCCGACAUUUCGACCCUCAACAUCGACCCUCUCCGAUCAUUUUGAAGGACAAUUUAUCCGAACUAGGCCAAGCAUUCCAGAGCCUGAACCCAUUACAGAAGGCAGUCUUCCUGGGAGAUCGAAGUGGAUCAGUUUUGGAACUACUUUCUUCGGCCGACAGGGAAAAAUUGAAGUUGUUGACGAAAAAAGCGGAAAUUGAAACGAAAAUUGUGAGAAAGGUAAGGAAAUUGGGAUGGGAGGGGAGUACAGAGGUCUGGACAUAUAGGAAAAGUAAUUUUAAGAUUUUUGGAGGAGCGUUUUUGAUACUUUUUGACAGUUUUUUGUCUGGGAAAUGGGAAUUUUUAGGAUUUUUUUGAUUUUUUGAUAUGAAAAUGAGUUGUUUGAUGGCGCAAAUGAGCUUUAUAUUGAAUGAAAUUAUGUGCUCUUCAGUAUGGAAGAUAAUACGAAAUUUUUGGUGGAGCGUUUUUGAUACUUUUUGGCAGUUUUUGUCUGAAAAAUCGGGGUUUUUAGGAUUUUUUUUAUUUUUUGGUAUGAAAGUAAGUUGUUUGAUGGCUCAAAUGAACUUUAUCUUUGCUGAAAUUAUGUGUUCUGCUAUAUAGGAGAUAUUUUUCGACCAGUCGAUUUUGAAGUCUGAGAGAUUUUUGAAAUUUUUUUGAAAAAGUAGGGUUUCAAAAGUUUUUUGGGGUUUUCAUAAAAUUUGAAGUUUUUUUGUUGUAUAAUGUUUUAGAUAAAGGGUCUGAAAUUUAUUGCUAGUGAAUCUACUUACCGGUCGAUUUGAGUUUUUCGAGUUUUUCGAUUGAUUUUUGGGUGAAAAGUGAGAUUUUUUGACUUUUUUUGAUACAAGUUAUAAAUGACGUAUUUUACAUUUUCAGGAAGCGGCCAAAAGGCGACCCGAACCCGAGCCCUUCGAAGAAGAGCCAAUGAAAGCCCAUCGCUUCAAGAAAUUUGUCCAUUACCUCAAAUCGGGCCAUGAAAUGACGGCCCCAAUCGAAAUGACCCGCCUCGAAUGGGAAGAGGAAAUAAAACAGUUUGAAAAUUAUCUCACGCCGGAGCUAAGAGCACUUCUUCCGUCUGUCAGAGACCGACAACAGCCUCUGGCCAGACUCACGACCGCUCAGCCAAUCGCGGACCAGCUGAAGAACAGGUUUAGGGUAAGAUAGAGGCUCUUGAGACCACUACAUCUCUAUAUCUGAUAAAAAAAUUAUCAAAAAAAUCUGAAACAACAUAAAAAAUUGUAAAAAUUUUUAAAAAAUUCAAAUUUUUUUCAGGUAAACUCACAUUAUUUCGUAUCAAAAUUUCAUCGGCAGGCUCUUGAGACCAUUAUAUCGCGAUGUCCAAUGAAAAAAAUAUUAAAAAAAAUCUAAAACAACACAAAAAUUGGCUAAAAUCUCCAAAAACCCCCAAUUUUUAUGUAAAAUACGUGGCAAUCAUCGUGAUCUUUCUGAAAAAAUUCUGUAUAUAGCCUAUAGUACCCAAUACCAUCUAAAAAAAUUAAAAUGUCAGCCACAAAAUCCAAAAAAUUACAGUGGGGGACCUGAUCCAGUGGAAAAAAAUGUACCAUUUUGCAUCCGGGAAGUAUCAAAAAUGUGGCAAAAUGCUUCCCUCUCCAAGUGAAGAAACUCCGAUUUCAAAAUCGCCCUUCAAAAAAGUUUUUUCGCUUGGGGAAGGAAGCAUUUUGCCACAUUUCUGAUACUUCCCGAAUGCAAAAUGGUACAUUUUUUGCCACUGGAUCUGGUCCCUCACUGUAAUUUUUGUGGAUUUUGUGGCUGACAUUUUUUUUUAGAUUGGGUACUAUAGGCUAUAUAGAGAAUUUUUUCAGAAUGAUCACGAUGAUUGCCACGUAUUUUACAUAAAAAUUGGGGGUUUUUGGAGAUUUCACAAGGAAAGUACUUCUAUGGGGUGUGGAGUUACAGGUCGAGAUAUAUAUCAAAAAAUUCGCAAAAAUUUUCUGAUUCAGAAUAUAUAAAAAUUAGCUGCCUAAUUUUGGUCUACCUACGAGUUUUAUCAAUAAAUGUAUUUCUCGAGGAAAAAAUCUGCGGCAACAAAAGCGCGCUCUGUCUCUUCCUUCGGAAGAGAGUGGUGUGGCCGAGUGGUUAGAGCGGUAGAUUGGGAAUCCGAGGGGAGCGGGUUCGAUUCCUUUUGCCACAGAACCCGUUUUUUUACAUUGGAACUAUUUUUAAGGUGUAGUUGUAAUCCAAUUUGAUACUUUAAGGCUUGUGAAGGCCUCAGAAUUUAUUUUAGCACAACAAAAAUUUUUUUUAUUGGUAAAAACACGGUCAAAAAGACACUUGCAUGGUGUCGCGAGAAAACUUCUGAGGACAAAAACAUGUCAUCAGACCAAAAUUAGGCAGCUAAUUUUUAUAUAUUCUGAAUCAGAAAAUUUUUGCGAAUUUUUUGAUAUAUAUCUCGACCUGUAACUCCACACCCCAUAGAAGUACUUUCCUUGUCAGCUAAUUUUUGUGUUGUUUUUGAUUUUUUUUUUUUAUAUUUUUUUUCAUUGGACAUUGAGAUAUAAUGAUAUCAAGAGCCUUCUGAUGAAAUUUUUGAUACGAAAUACUACGAGUGUACCUGAAAAAAAUUAAUUUUUAAAAAAUUUUCUCAAUUUUUUAUGUUGUUUUAGGUUUUUUUUGAUAUUUUUUUGGCAAAAAGAAAGCUUAUAAUAAAAUUGAGCACAAGCGAAUGUUUCGGGUCGUAUUUUACAAUAAUUUUUAUAAAAUAUAAAAAAAAUUUUCCCAAUUUUUGACUUUAUUUUUAUUAUUUUAGACCGAAGCCUCAACAUCACUCAAACAAGAGCCCACCGAGACCUCGGCGGAAGAGACCAGACGUCUCGCCGUUCAACAAAAACAAUUUGGACCCCUAACGAGACAGAAAUUCACAUGGUACCCAUCAAAAUACCUGGUCAAGUACUUCAAUGUGGAAGAUCCGUAUCCAGAAUCGCGAGAAGAGGGAUGCCCGGAUAUUGUGAAGAAGCAUUUACAUCGAAAAGAUUAUAGUCUGGACAUGCUCGGCCUAGCGGACACGCAAAAGGAAGUGGUCGAUCGAAUUGUGAGUGAUUUUGGAUACUUUUUGAGGUUUUUUGAAGUUUUUUGAUACUUUUUGGGGUUUUUUGAGCCUUUUUUGGGAAUUUGAAGAAAAGUAAAGCGAAUAUUGAGGAAAUGUGAAGGUAGAAUGAGUAAUUGGAGGUGAUUUUUUGUUGGAAAAAUGAAGAAAAUUGCAAAAAAGUGAAAAAUUUUGAUUUUUUGGGAUUUUUUUUUUUAAUUUAGGUAUAAAAAUUUGAGGAAAUUGAGUUAAUAUGACUUUUUGUCCCGUGUUUUAUGAUUUUUGAUGAUUUUUUGUAAGAAAAUUUUUCAAGAAUUGCGAUUUUUUGAGAAUUUUUGAAAAUCGUAUUUUAGGAAUUUAUAUAAAAUUUCCUGAUUUUGAGUAUUCUCACCUAAUUUUUAGGGCCGUGAAGCACAUGAAAAACGCAGAUCCCGCUGGGAAGCCGACAAAGAACCACCGAAGCCGAUGGACAAAGUUUUCGAAGCCCCGGCGCCAGAAACGGAAAAACCAACGUUCCUCCCGCCAAUUGCCCUUCUCCAAGCCGUCUUUGAACAUGGAAUAGACCUGGAAUCGGAUGAGGAAGAAGCCCCCGUCGAUGAACCGGAAAUUUCAAAGAGUCCAUCGACAAAUUCAUCGAUGAAAAAUGAAAAUAAGACGAAUGGAGGAGAAAUUCAAGCACCGACGACCUCAAAAAGCCCCGAGAGAUUUGUCACAGUCCUGGAUUUGGUGGAAUCUGAUGAUGAAUAUGGCCCGAAGAUACCUGAUGUACUUCCAUUGGAGAUUGAUCCAAAAGAAAAGGAAAAGAUCAUCCCCAAGGCCCCGGAUGUAAUAGAAAUUGAUGAUAGUUCCGAGGAAUCGAGCGAAGAAGAGAGUCAUAGACAUAAAAAACGGAAAAGAAGGGAUUCGGAAGGCGAAAAACGAAAAAAAUCGAAGAAAAAUAAGAAGGAGAAGAAGAAAAAGGAGAAGAAAAGGAAGAGAAGAGAUACUUAG